CGCUGCUUCUGGGAGGAAACGAGCUGAGUGGUUGAACCGAAAGUAAAAAAACUGUGAAGUUAACUGGCCAUUAUUUGAGAGAACAGCUCCGUCUUUGUUCCAAUAAUUAAUCGACAACUAUGAAGCUUCUUCUGGAUCUGCUGUGUUUGUGUCUCCUGUGUUUGACUGGAAAAACACUUUGUGAUAAAAUCGGGCCAGCAGUCAUCACAGUGGAAGGAGGGACUGAUGUCAUGUUACCCUGUUCUCUCAGCACCAAGGAGGACAUUGAGUUUAAACUCUUUGACUGGAGGAAAGUUGCUCAGAAAGAUGAUGGUCUGAAGGAGGUGUUCCUGUAUGACGGAGGCAGUCAUUACAACAAUGGUCUAUAUGGUCAGAGUGAAGAGUUCAAAGGUCGAGUCUCUCAUCUUCAAGAUGAACUGAAACACGGCAACGCCUCCAUAAUCAUCAGAAAUACAAAACUAUCUGACAGUGGAGUCUACACCUGUUAUUUUCCUCGUCUUCAGCCACCUCAAAAAUUCUACAUUAAGCUUGUUGUUCAGCCAAAAGUCAUCACAAUGAAAGAAGACAGUGAUGUCAUGUUACCCUGUUCUCUCAGCACCGAGGAGAACAUUGAGUCUAAAUUCUUUGACUGGAAGAAAGUUGCUCAGAAAGAUGAUGGUCUGAAGGAGGUGUUCCUGUAUGACUCAGGCAUUCAUUACAACAACGGUCUAGAUGGUCAGAGUGAAGAGUUCAAAGGUCGAGUCUCUCAUUUUCAAGAUGAACUGAAACACGGCAACGCCUCCAUAAUCAUCAGAAAUACAAAGAUAUCUGACAUUGGAGAAUACACCUGUGCUUUUCCUCGUCUUCAGCCACCUCAAACAUUCUACAUUGAGCUUGUUGUUGGUUCUGCUCCAAAACCAUCUAUCACAUCACUUAAGGAAACAAAGGACUGGAGGCUGCUGCAGUGUGAAGUUCAUGGUGAUCCAAAACCUGAAGUAGAGUGGCAGGACAGUGAUGGAAACAUUCUUAAUGCUGAGAAGCCCCAGGUCACAAUAAAAAGAGGCCUUUUCUCCAUCACUCUCAACACUACUGUGACCAAGAGCGACCGCUAUCGCUGUGUAGCCACACAGGAGAAAAUCAGCCAUCAGGUUUCUGCUGAGACUGAUGUGUAUAUCCAUGGUUCAGGGCUCUCCACUGGAUGGAAUAUUGCUUUAGUUCUUCUUCUUCUUCUUCUUCUUGUUGCUGGUGUUCUAGCUGUGCUUGUAUACAAGGGUUGCAUCACAUUAAAUUGUAAUAAAGAGUCUUCCACUGGAUGGAUUAUUGGUUUAGGUCUUCUUCUUCUUCUUGUUGCUGGUGUUCUAGCUGUGCUUGUAUACAAGGGUUACAUCACAUUCAAUCGUAAUAAAGGGCCAGAAGUCAUCAAAGUGGAAGAAGGCAGUGAUGUUACUUUACCCUGUUCACUCUGGCCCAAGGACAUUCAGUCAACACAGUUUAACUGGAAGAAAAUGUCUCAGAAUGAUGAAAGUCAGAUGGAGGUGUUCCUGUAUGAUAAUGGUGAUCUUUACAGUGACGAGCGUCCAGGUCAGAGUGAACAGUUCAAAGGUCGAGUCUCACAUUUUCCAGAUAAACUGGAACAAGGCAACGCCUCCAUAAUCAUCAGAAAUACGACGAGGGCUGACAGUGGAGAAUACAGAUGUAGUUUUCCAUUCAUUCAGAAACCUCAAGAAUUCUACAUUAAGCUUGAUGUUGUUGAUGGUGCUGCUCCAAAACCAUCCAUCACAUCACUUAAGGCAACAAAGGACUGGUCGCUGCUGCAUUGUGAGGUUCAUGGCAAUCCAGAACCUGAAGUAAAGUGGCAGGACAGUGAUGGAAACAAACUUCCUGGUGAGGAGCCGCAGGUCACAAUAAAAAGAGGCCUUUUCUACAUCACUCUCAAUGCUAAUGUGACCAAGAGCGACCGCUACCGCUGUGUAGCCAAACAGGAGACAAUCAGCCAUCAGAUUUCUGCUGAGACUGAUGUGUAUAUCCAUGGGUUCUCCACUGGAUGGAUUGCUGCUGCAGUUAUUGGUGUUCUUUUUCUUGUUGUUGCUGGUGUUACUCUAGCUGUGCUUUUAUACAGGCGUAAAAGAGCGCCAAAAGUCAUCAAAGUGGAAAAAGGCAGUGAUGUUACUUUACCCUGUUCCCUCUGGCCCAAGAAGGACCUUCGGUCAACACAGUUCGUCUGGGAGAAAACUGAUGAUGGUCAGAAGGUGUUCCUGUAUGAUAAUGGUGAUCUUUACAGUGACGAGCGUCCAGAUCAGAGUGAACAGUUCAAAGGUCGAGUCUCACAUUUUCCAGAUGAACUGGAACAAGGCAACGCCUCCAUAAUCAUCAGAAAUACGACGUGGGCUGACAGUGGAGUCUACAGAUGUAGUUUUCCAUCAAUUCAGAAACCUCAAAUAUUCCACAUUAAGCUUGUUGUUGAGCCAAAACUCAUCACAGUGGAAGAAGGCAGUGAUGUUACUUUACCCUGUUCUCUCUGGACCAAGAAGGACAUUCGGUUUACACGGUUUAUCUGGAAGAAAACUGAUGAUGGUCAGAGGGUGUUCCUGUAUGAUAAUGGUGAUCUUUACAGUGACAAGCUUCUAGGUCAGAGUGAGCAGUUCAAAGGUCGAGUCUCACAUUUUCCAGAUGAACUGAAACAAGGCGACGCCUCCAUAAUCAUCAGAAAUACAACGAGGGCUGACAGUGGACAAUACAGAUGUUAUUUUCCAUCAAUUCAGAAACCUCAAGAAUUCUACAUUAAGCUUGUUGUUGUUGGGCCAGAAGUCAUCAAAGUGGAAGAAGGCAGUGAUGUUACUUUACCCUGUUCUCUCUGGAACAAGGACAUUCGGUCAACACAGUUUAACUGGAAGAAAAUGUCUCAGAAUGAUGAAAGUCAGAUGGAGGUGUUCCUGUAUGAUAAAAGCGAGCGUCCAGAUCAGAGUGAACAGUUCAAAGGUCGAGUCUCACAUUUUCCAGAUGAACUGGAACAAGGCAACGCCUCCAUAAUCAUCAGAAAUACGAGGAGGGCUGACAGUGGAGAAUACAGAUGUAGUUUUCCAUUAAUUCAGAAACAUAAAAAAUUCCACAUUAAGCUUGUUGUUGAGCCAAAAGUCAUCACAGUGGAAGAAGGCAGUGAUGUUACUUUACCCUGUUCACUCAUCACCAAGGAGAACCUUCAGUUAACACGGUUCACCUGGCGUAAAAAUUAUGAUGGUCAGAUGGUGUUCCAGUAUGAUUAUGGUGUUCUUUACAGUGACAAGCGUCCAGGUCAGAGUGAGCAGUUCAAAGGUCGAGUCUCACAUUUUCCAGAUGAACUGGAACAAGGCAACGCCUCCAUAAUCAUCAGAAAUACGACGAGGGCUGACAGUGGAGAAUACAGAUGUUAUUUUCCAUUAAUUCAGAAACCUCAAAAAUUCUACAUUGAGCUUGUUGUUGGGCCAAAAGUCAUCAAAGUGGAAGAAGGUAGUGAUGUUACUUUAUCCUAUUACCUCAUCACCAAGGAGGACAUUCGGUCAACACGGUUCGUCUGGAAAAAAACUGAUGAUGAUCAGAAGGUGUUCCUGUAUGAUAAUGGUCAUCUUUACAGUGAUGAGCGUCCAGGUCAGAGUGAGAAGUUCAAAGGUCGAGUCUCACAUUUUCCAUAUGAACUGGAACAAGGCAACGCCUCCAUAAUCAUCAGAAAUACGAGGAGGGCUGACAGUGGAGUCUACAGAUGUAUGUUUCCAUUCAUUCAGAAACCUCAUAAAUUCUACAUUAAGCUUGAUGUUGUUGGUUCAACUCCAGAGUCAGAUGAACUUGAUACAUUAGUGUAGAAAGGCUUUGAUAAUGUCUGUGUUUCUGGAAACAUUUAUUUAGUUUUCAGUUAUUUUAUGCUUGUGUUAUAUCACAAUGUAUAGGCUCAUUGAUUUUGUCUUGCAGUUCUAGUUGAUUGUGUAACUGUGUGUAAGACUUGUACAGUAUUCCUGUUCCAGAGGUGUGUAGAGCAGAGAGGACCAGAUCAACAUGAUGAUGCUCUUAGAAGUCUUGUAUUUUUGUAUUCAGACCAA